AUGAAGUUCGUUAUCAUUACAUUGGUAUUUGGGGCGCUAGUUGCCGAUUCCUGUGUAAGAGUUGUAGCUUACGUUGCCGCACCUUCACUACUACCGUACGCUUAUAGUGCGCAUAGUUCAUCCCUGACCACACCUACUCAACAGCAAUAUCACACACAGGAUCAUCUGGGUCAAUACGCAUAUGGCUAUGCAGAGCCUCACUCAGUUAAGCAUGAGGUACGCUCGCUAGAUGGCGUAACAAGGGGUUCGUAUAGCUAUCGUGAUGCUUUAGGAAAAUUACAAACUGUAGACUACAGGGCCGAUGAUAAUGGGUUUCGUGUGGCGGCUACCAAUUUACCCAGCGCUCCAAUAUCCGAACAACCACAGCCACAUCAGCCCUUUCGUGAACAAGGAACGACAAUUGGGUCAGUUUCCUUUACCCCCGAUGCUACAGCAACCGGCGACAUUCACCUUGCAACUCAUCGGGAGGCUCUACUGCGCCUGGCAGCGGGGAGUAUCGCUAGCGGCGAACCCGAUACAACCGGCUCAGUUACUGGGUCUAUACAAUUGCCUCAGCCCGUGGAUGAUACAAUUGCCGUGGCCGCUGCAAAGACAACGCAUCUAAAGCAAUACGAACAAGACACCAAACCGUUACACACCAUCGUGCAACAAGGACGUGUGCUCACCCCGACAAUUAUUCCAACUGCAUUAUCGACGGCUAUUACACCACAUAUCUACAAUUACGGUUAUCCAUGGCGGUACUAUUACUACUGAAAAGUUUUUGCAAAUGUAAUUGUUCACUUGAGAGACAUUGAAUUGAU